GACUUCCCCUCAUCCCUGCUCCCAGCACCUUGGGGCCCUUAGCACUGCUUGACUUGGCUGCCAUGGGACAUGGAUGGUGAUUGUCCCAUGCCUGGGGUUGCCCUGUCUGUCACAAGUUCUGGGUGAGCCCCAUGCUUGUGGAUCCUGAAGAACAUCUGGAGGAGAGGCCAAGCUGAGCGUCCAGCAGAGCCCCAGGAGCUCACUGAGGACAAGCCCUGGGAUGCCUCUCUCUAGCCUGACUUCCAAUCCCGUCUGACACGUGGCGGCAGUCAUUGUUGUUGAGAGACAUCCAAGGCUGAGUUAUUGGAAGAAGGAAAACAUCCCAGGCCGCUGGAGUGAGGGUAUUUGGGACUGCUUACGAUGAUCCACAGCAGUGGUGGUACUGCCCCCUGGGGGGCAAUUUGGAGAUUUACAGGGCAUUUUUUUACACAAAUUUGAGGGGACACUACUGGCCUUUGGCCAGCCUGGGCAGGAUGCUAGACAUCCUGAAAUGCUCAGGACCCCCCUUACUAUGAAGAAUUUCCAAGACAUCUGAAUGACCCGCUGGACAUCAUGUAUAUAAAAAACCUGUUCAUUGGAGCCAAGAACGAUCUAAAUUUUCACAUGUAAACACAAGAUAGUUUUUGCACCUUUUGAAGAAGACUCAGUUCAAGAGGAGUAAACCCCCAUGCAGAUUAAAGCUGUCCCCACUUUGUUCAGCACUGUAUCAAGAACUUGUCCACUAUCUGGAGCAUCGGGUCACCAAUGGCAGCACUGCCUGUGGCACAGGAGCCGCCAGGAAAGACCAGUGUCAGUUGGCAUUGUAGCUGUCACAACCAUGAUGAUUCUACAUGUGGGAGUGGGCACUGGACUGCUUCAUUGUCUUCUGGUUUACUUGGGCCCGAGCUUUCACAUAUUGAAAUACCUGUUGUUAUAAAUUACUUUGAUUUCUCCUUGAUGUGACAAUGAGGACAUUACAGCAGUUGUGGUCACUGCUAUUGUCAUGCACGAUGUAGGGAUGUGACCCUUGCAUUGUCUUUUGAAGUGUUCUGGGGCCUUGACCCUGAAAGGGUUGAGAACUAUGGUGUGGGAGUGAUAGUUGGAAGAGGCGCUGCUGAGGAGGGAAUACAGUCUGUCAGAUCUCCCCAGGCUACUUUAUGGAUCUCCUCCCCGGCCCCCCUACCCUGCUUUCCAGAGCUUGGAACAGGGGAUCUAGAUGGAGAUUCUUGGGGAAAAGUGUCCAGAACACGACUCCCUGGUUAAUGGGUGAUGGAAUUUGCACAAGAGCUGGGCAAAGGUGAAAGGGCCCUGUCCUGACCCCAAUCCUCAUCCCUUCGCUCCGCUUCAUUGACACCCCACCCCCUCCGCACUCCAGGCAGCUAACUUCACCCAGACUCUGACCUCUUACUCUCUCUACUUAACUCUGGCCCAGGGCAGCCAAGACAACACAAAGGCAGGGCAGCAUGAGCCGACCAGGCCCCCAUCCCACCCAGCUGUGCUCCGAGGGCUCCCAGGAUGCUCCCCUGCCACCGCCACCACCGCCACCACCACCUGCUGUCCCAAAGCCCUCUUCUCACUCUGGGGCCUCUCUGGGCGGGCCUCCUCCUUGGGGCCUCAGCUGCCUUCUGGCUCUGCAGCAUAUCUUGGUCCUGGCUUCUCUGCUCUGUGCCUCCCACCUGCUCCUGCUUCGAAGUCUCCCCCAAGGAGGACUUUCUUACUCUCCUGCCCAGCUCCUGGCCUCCAGCCUUUUCUCAUGCGGUGUGUCUACUACCCUGCAAACUUGGAUGGGCAGCAGGCUGCCUCUUGUCCAGGCUCCAUCUUUAGAGUUCCUUGUCCCCGCUCUGGUGCUGACCAGCCAGAAGCUACCUUUGGCCAUCCAGACACCUGGAAACUCCUCCCUCGUGCUGCGCCUGUGUAGGGGGCCUGGCUGCCCUGGCCUGGAGCCCUGGAACGCCUCUCUCCGAGAGGUGUCCGGGGCCGUGGUGGUGUCUGGGCUGCUGCAGGGCAUGCUGGGACUGCUGGGGGGUCCUGGCCACUUGUUCCCCCACUGUGGGCCCCUCGUGCUGGCCCCCAGCCUGGUUGUGGCAGGGCUCUCUGCCCACAGGGAGGUGGCCCUGUUCUGCUCCACGCACUGGGGCCUGGCUUUGCUGCUUAUCCUGCUCAUGGUGGUCUGCUCUCAGCACCUGGGCUCCUGCCAGUUACCCCCAUGCCCCUGGAGGCCAGCCUCAACCUCAGCACCUCACACCCGCAUCCCUGCCUUCCGGCUCCUCUCGGUGCUGAUCCCGGUGGCCUGUGGGUGGAUCGUCGCUGCCCUUCUGGGUCUCAGCGUCAUCCCCCUGGAGCUGUCUGCCCCCUCCAAGGCACCCUGGUUUUGGUUGCCUCACCCAGCUGAGUGGGACUGGCCCUUGCUGACACCCAGGGCUCUGGCUGCAGGCAUCUCCAUGGCCUUGGCAGCCUCCACCAGCUCCCUGGGCUGCUACGCCCUGUGUGGCCGGCUGCUGCAGUUGCCUUCUCCACCUCCGCAUGCCUGCAGCCGAGGGCUGAGCCUGGAGGGGCUGGGCAGUGUGCUGGCCGGGCUGUUGGGGAGCCCCAUAGGCAUUGCAUCCAGCUUCCCCAACGUGGGCACAGUGAGUCUUGUCCAGGCUGGAUCUCGGCGAGUGGCCCACUUGGUGGGGCUGCUCUGCAUGGCGCUUGGGCUCUCCCCAAGGCUGGCCCAGCUCCUCACCACCAUCCCGCUGUCUGUGCUUGGUGGGGUGCUGGGGGUGACCCAGGCCGUGGUUCUGUCUACUGGAUUCUCCAGCUUCCACCUGGCUGACAUUGACUCCGGGCGGAAUGUCUUCAUUGUUGGCUUCUCCAUCUUCAUGGCCUUGCUGCUACCAAGAUGGCUUCAGGAAGCCCCAGUCCUCCUGAGCACAGGCUGGAGCCCCUUGGAUGUGUUACUGCACUCGUUGCUCACAGAGCCCAUCUUCCUGGCUGGACUUUUGGGCUUCCUCCUGGAGAACACCAUUCCUGGCACACGGCUUGAACGAGGCCUAGGUCAAGAGCUGCCAUCUCAUUUCGCUGCCCAAGAGGCAUGGAUGCCUAAGAAGUGCAGGGAGAAGGCUGCUCAAGAGUACGAGCUUCCUUUCCCCAUCCAAAACCUGUGUCCCUGCAUCCCCCAGCCCCUCCGUUGCCUCUGUCCGCUGCCUGAAGUCCCCGCGAAGGAGGAAGGAGGGCCCUCUGAGCCAGGAGAGACAGCUGACUUGCUGCCUAGCUUUGGGGAGCAGUGCCCAGGGUCUAGCAGAGAACUUAGGUCCCAGUAAUUACUAGGACUCCUACUUGUGUCCUAGUUACUUUAGCCCUAUUUCCCAGCUUGCUGGAGAGUCACCUCCCAGGCUCUGCUUUCUCCUAAGGAAAGGGUGUGUGUGUGUGUGUAAAACGGGCCACCUAAAGGUCUCAUUUCCCCAUAGGUGUGUUGCCUUCUCUUAAUUGAGCCUAAUGGUUCCAGAGCAGGGGCCAUGAUUUGAUGGACCAUGAAUGAAUGAAUGAGAUUUUGCCUGUGAACUAUCUAUACUUGAACCCCAGCAUCCACUUAACAAAUAUUUAUUGAGCACCUCCCAUCUGCAAGGUCCUGGAACUACAGAUAUGGAUGUGACAGGGUCCCUGUCCUCUCAGGGGACUUACCGUUUAAAAAGACUUAUGUAAUUACUAACUAGAAUCCAAACCAGAAGGCAG